AUGGCUCGUGAUGGGGCUAGCUCCUCAAGAAGAUCCAACUUCACUGAACCACCACCCAUGAAACUUUCGGAGCGCUUGGAAUACAGACCACCAUGUACAAGGGAGGUCUUGAGGGCUCUGCAGGAUGAAAAUAUCAACUUGAUUAGCAUUAAUUGUGGGGAAAUCAAAAGAGGAGAUACAGUAACGACGAAAGAGUUCAUGGAGAGAGUCAAGCAGCAAGGUCUAUUUGAAGAAGUUGUCAUGACUGUUGUGUCCCUUGAUCCCAACUUGAGACGAAUACAAGAUGAGAUUGCAGAUGAUCUACAAGUGAAGUUGGGAAAUGGGAAUUUGUUUGAACGGGCAAAGGUGCUUCGUGCUCGAAUGUCCAGAGACUCUAGGAGGUUGCUUGUAGUAUUUCUUGAUGUCCGGGAAAUGCUUGAUCUUGAGGCCAUCGGAAUCCCUUAUGGGUCACCCAACGGAAACUGUAAGAUAAUCCUUAUGUUGGGACUCCGGGAUGAAUUUAGUGUGAGCAUGAGAGCUCAAAGUAGCUUCCAUCUGUCCGGCAACAAGAAGAGUUUACCCAUUGGUAUUUUGCCAGAGCAAGAAGCUUGGAGUUUGUUUAGAGACAUGGCAGGCAGUUCCAUUGAAUCUCCUGAGCUACGGCUGGUAGCACAACAGGUUCUGAGCGAAUGUGCCAGUUUACCAAUUGCAAUUGCAACUGUUGGAAGGGCACUGCAGCAUAAAAGCAAGCAAACGUGGGAGGAUGCACUGAGACAACUAAGAAAGCCUUGCCCUGAAAAUAUUCCAGGGAUAGUACAAGAAGUGUAUCGGAAAAUAGAGUUGAGCUACGAAUGUUUAGGGAGCGAGGAAGCGAAAUCAUUGUUUCUGUUGUGCUGCAUAUAUCCGGAAAGCAGUGAUAUACUGGUUCAUGAUUUAGUGAAAUUUGGGGUUGGACUUCAGCUGUUUAAAGACAUGGAUUCCAAAAGGGAAGCAGGAAAGUGUGUAGAAACAUUGAUUGAGAUACUCAAGAGUGGUUUUCUGUUGUUAGAGAGUGAUAAGGAAGGAUGUGUAAAAAUGCAUGAUACAGUGCACACGGUAGGGUUAUCAAUAGUAGCUUCAAAGGGGUGGUAUUGA